AAUUCGGUCUCUACGAUUGUGGCGAUGUGAACUAUUCUCUAUGUCCAAAUGGUUUUGAUUGUUGCCCUACCGGCGCGACAUGCUUAGCUGGCGGCUACUGCGACAUACCGUGCACUGCUCAAGAUCCGCCUUGUGGCGAUAAUUCUUGCUGUAACCCUGGCGAAAGUUGUGUAUACGGCGAUAUAUGUGUCUCCGGCAACAGUACUAGUGGAAGUGGCGGAAGCAGUUCUGGCGGCAGUGGUGGAAGCAGCUCUAGUACUAGUGGAAGUGGCGGAAGUAAUUCUACUGGAAGUGGUGGAAGUAAUUCUAGUGGAAGUGGCGGAAGUAAUUCUAGUGGAAGUGGUGGAAGUAAUUCUAGUGGAAGUGAUGGAAGUAAUUCUAGUGGAAGUGGCGGAAGUGGGAGUGGACCCCCCAAAAGUGUUGCUCCUAAAAUAGAGAUGCAAUUAUCCAACAAAAUUUUGACAAUAACAAUGGUCAUUGUCGUCUCAAUUUAUGUUUUCAGUCAUAUUUAA